CAAAAGAUGAGCCGCGUAUAAAAACGAACAUCCCAAUUUGGCGAAGAUCAGUACCAAUACUCAAAUUAAAGUGAGAGUGUUCGAAAUCGAGGUGUGCCACAAGACAAUUUUUUUUUAAUAUAAUUAGGCCUUAAGAUGUCUCCACUAGUCCUAGUGGGGAUAACACUCCUCACUACAGUCCUUGCGGACGUGAGUCACGUCCUCCAAGGACAAGCACAACCUCCACAAACUGCCGAUCCACAAGAAAUCAACAACGCUUUCUGGUGGCAACAAGAUGGUAGCCCACUGAAGGCCUCGAUUGAAUAUUAUAAAAAAUGCGCAGAAACUGGAAAAUGCGCUAUCAACAAAGAAGGUGAUAGCAUCAGUUCCAGUGGUUCUGCCAUCGAUGUCCAAAAGAAUGUUUUCUUAAAUGGAAACUUCGCCUCUGCUGGAGGUUCAGCCAAGUUUUCCGAAAGUCUCACCAAACCUGACGAUUUGCCAUCAUCAUCCCACAAGGGUGCUAAGGUUGAUUUGAGCAGCAAUCCUUUCUUGCAAGGAGGAUUUGCACAUGCAGGAGCUGCGCAGUGCGUCGGGAAUAAAGUAUGCGUCGCCAAAGAGAACUGCGUCAACGGAGUGGUAGUAAGAGGAGCUGUACAAAGCAAUAGCAACGCUUGCAACAAAAAUGAAGUUUGUUGCCAAUUGCCCUCACAACAAAAGAGCUCAUUGGCAGAACAUAUCAACGAAUUGAUUUUCACUUCUGGAAAAUCUAAAAUUAUUGGAAAAGAUGGACUUACCCCUGAACAAGUUAUGAUCGUUCACUCAGGUCAAGAAGGUAUCAGAAAACAAUUAAACUUUAUUGGUGAUUUUGAUGGUUCCUCGACUAUUAAACCUGUAAGAGAUAUAACCGCAGCUGCCAGUGAUGCAGUUUACUCUAGCACCCCUGACUAUUCCAAUGUCAAUUUUGGUGACGAUGCCAGAUUUUCCAAUUUAGAUGGGCUUGACUAUUUACCACCCCAUCCUGAAACUUCAACCACUCCAAGACCAUCGUGUCCUCCCGGUCAGUAUCUGAACAAUUAUGGAAGAUGCGCUCCUGUUAAAGAGCCCUGCCCACCUGGUACAAGAGAAACUCCUUCCGGUGGAUGCGAGAAGCUGAAAAUCGAAUGUCCAUCUGGAGAAAGGCCGGGACCUUAUGGAGGAUGCGUGCCAAUCCAAACUCCACCACCACCAACUACUAGACCACAAUGUCCACCAGGACAAAGGCCUGGUCCAUAUGGAGGAUGUGUUCCAAUCCAAACUCCACCACCACCAACUACAAGACCACCACCACCACCACAAUGUCCUCCUGGUCAGAAACCAGGACCAUACGGAGGAUGUGUUCCAAUCCAAACUCCACCACCACCAACUACAAGACCACCACCACCACAAUGCCCCCCAGGCCAAAAACCCGGUCCAUACGGUGGAUGCGUGCCAAUCCAUACUCCACCACCACCAACUACUAGACCACCUCCACCAGAAUGUCCACCAGGACAGAGGCCUGGACCUUAUGGAGGAUGUGUUCCAAUUCAAACCCCACCUCCACCACCACCACCAACUACUAGGCCACCCUCACCACAAUGUCCUCCUGGUCAAAAACCAGGACCAUAUGGAGGAUGUGUGCCUAUUCAAACACCACCCCCACCAACUACUAGACCACCGCCACCUCAGUGCCCCCCUGGUACAAAACAAGGCCCGUACGGAGGAUGUGUCCCGAUCGCAACUCCACCGACACCUACUGAAAAACCUUAUUGUGGAGCUGGAGAAAGAGAAGGACCCAAUGGAGAAUGCAUUCCCAUAAAAGAAUGCGGACCCGGACAAAAAGAAACUCCGUUCGGAGGAUGUGAAAACGUUCCCACUCCAAGUCCAAGACCACAAUGCGGACCAGGACAGAAACCUGGUCCUUACGGAGGUUGUGUUCCGAUCCAAACCCCACCUCCACCACCACCACCAACUACUAGGCCACCACCACCACAGUGUCCACCAGGACAAAAACCCGGUCCUUAUGGAGGAUGUGUUCCUAUCCAAACACCUCCACCACCACCACCACCACCUACCACUAGGCCACCCCCACCACAGUGUCCUCCUGGACAAAAACCGGGUCCAUAUGGAGGUUGCGUUCCAAUCCAAACUCCACCACCACCAACUACCAGACCACCACCACCACAAUGCCCAUCUGGCCAAAAACCCGGUCCAUACGGUGGAUGUGUACCAGUUGCAACUCCUCCGCCUCCAACUCCCAGACCUCAGUGCCCGCCUGGCACGAAACAAGGGCCAUAUGGUGGAUGCGUUCCAAUUGCAACUCCACCAACACCUACUGAAAAACCAUACUGUGGAACUGGAGAAAGGGAAGGACCCAACGGAGAGUGUAUUCCAGUAGUAGUAUGUGGUCCUGGACAGAGAGAAACGCCAUUUGGAGGAUGUGAAAGUAUUCCAACACCUCCACCACCAACGCCAACACCUAUUAGUUGUGCACCAGGCUACCAACUUGGACCAUUUGGACAAUGUGUUCAGAUUCAAACUAGACCUCCACCACCACCUCCGACUACUAGACCACCACCACCACAAUGUCCCCCUGGCCAGAAACCUGGACCAUACGGAGGAUGUGUUCCAAUCCAAACAAGACCCCUACCACCACCACCCACUACAAGACCGCCACCACCGCAAUGUCCACCAGGACAGAAGCCUGGACCUUAUGGAGGAUGUGUUCCAAUCCAAACCCCACCCCCACCACCACCACCAACUACAAGGCCGCCACCACCUAGUUGUCCACCCGGUCAAAGGCCCGGACCCCACGGAGGAUGUGUUCCAAUCCAAACUCCACCCCCACCACCACCACCAACGACUAGGCCACCACCACCACAGUGCCCAUCAGGACAAAGGCCUGGCCCAUACGGAGGAUGCGUACCAAUUCAAACUCCACCAACACCAACUCCAAGGCCUCAGUGUCCGCCAGGCACACAACAAGGUCCAUAUGGUGGAUGCGUUCCAAUUGCAACUCCGCCAACUCCAACUGAAAAACCGUAUUGUGGCGCUGGAGAAAGGGAAGGACCCAACGGUGAAUGUAUUCCAGUUGUGAAAUGUGGACCUGGACAAAAAGAAACACCGUUCGGAGGUUGUGAAAAUAUUCAAACUCGUCCACCACCACCGCCUGUUACUUGUGCACCAGGAUACAAACCUGGACCUUUCGGACAAUGUACUAUAAUUCAAACUCCACCUCCACCAACUACUAGGCCACCACCACCACAGUGCCCUCCUGGACAAAGACCUGGACCAUAUGGAGGAUGUGUUCCAAUCCAAACACCACCCCCACCACCACCGCCAACUACUAGACCACCCCCACCACAGUGUCCACCAGGACAAAGGCCUGGUCCUUAUGGAGGAUGUGUUCCAAUUCAAACACCGCCUCCACCACCACCGCCAACCACCAGACCACCCCCACCACAAUGUCCACCAGGACAAAAGCCUGGUCCUUACGGAGGAUGUGUUCCAAUCCAAACACCACCCCCACCGCCACCACCAACUACUAGACCACCACCACCACAGUGUCCACCAGGACAAAAGCCUGGUCCUUACGGAGGAUGUGUUCCAAUUCAAACACCACCUCCACCACCACCGCCAACUACUAGGCCACCACCACCUCAGUGCCCACCUGGACAAAGGCCUGGUCCUUACGGAGGAUGUGUUCCAAUUCAAACACCACCCCCACCACCGCCGCCAACUACUAGGCCACCACCACCUCAGUGCCCACCUGGACAAAGGCCUGGACCAUACGGAGGUUGUGUUGAUAUAGCAACACCUCGACCAGUAUGCCCACCAGGCUCUUUCCCGACACCGUCUGGAGGAUGUCAAAGACCAACUCCACCGCCUACACCACCACCAACGCAACCCUGUCCUCCUGGUACCGUUAAAUCUCCUUCCGGAAGAUGCGAAACUCCUCCACCUCCCCCAAGGCCAAUCUGUCCUUCCGGUAGCUACCUGGGUCCCUCUGGAAAUUGCGUUAGACCACCUCCCUCAACAACAUCAAGAACUUACCUUCCGCCAAACACACCGCCAACCACUGGCAGACCAGGAUACAGCUAUCCCACACCGUCGCCACCAUUCGAAUAUGAAAGUACACCUUACCAACCAGACAGAACCGGUGAAUCCGGUAACAACGAGCCAAGCUACAUAAGACCAAGUACUCAGAGACCAACUCGCCCUACAUCGGGACCCAGGCCCACCUCACCAAAUUACAAUAGUGGCAACAAUACUUAUUCCGACGAGUUGAUUCCUGUUGGAUGUGCUGCUGCCUUGAAAUGCGUACAAGAAAUCUAUUGUACCGCUGAUGGUCUGGUUAGUCCUGUACCUGUGGUUCUUACCAAGGAACAAGAGUUGUUGAGAGCACCUACAACGGUUUGUCGUGACAUCGAAUCAGGUUCCCUUGGUAAAUGUUGUAGAGAUCCAAACUAUCAAGACCCAUGGCCGUCAGCGAAUCUUGUUAACGGCGAAGACGAUGGUGCUUAUGCCGAAGAUGAUUCCAUUGGACAAUACAGAGCGGACUACAAUCGCAUAUCCAGAUCAGCUCGUUCUAGAAAAACUAGGACCAAAAGGCAGGCUGAAGAGUGUGGUGUCAGAAAUCCGCAUUCCAGUCCUCGAGGAAACCACCCAAUCGAUGCCGAUUUCGCUGAAAUUUCUUGGCAAGCAAUGAUCCUUAGGGAUUCAAACAGGAGUUUACUUUGCGGAGGAGCUAUUAUCAGAAAAAAUGCUGUCCUAACUGCAGCUCAUUGUGUUGAAGGAUUGGAUACGUCUGAUAUUCUAAUUAAAGGUGGCGAAUGGAAAUUGGGAAUCGACGAGGAGCCGCUGCCAUUCCAAAUAGUUAAAGUAGCUGCCAUUUUGAGACAUCCAGAUUUUAAGGCUGGAUCGUUGCAAAACGACUUGGCUGUGCUAGUUUUAGAAGAAAACUUGAGAUUUACCAAGAAUAUUGGACAGAUUUGUUUGCCCGAACCCAAUCUAAUUCCUACUCAAAACUGUAUUGCUACUGGAUGGGGAAAAAGGAUUUUACAAUUACACGCCAGAAAUGCUCUUAUGCAUAAAAUAGAGUUGAACAUCAUGGACGUGCAACAAUGUCAACAAGUUAUGGGCGAACAUUUCCCCAACUCAUUAUCCAACUACAACACAAACACUCUUUGUGGAUUUUCAGAUAUCGACCAAUGCAGAGUCGAUUACGGAAGUGCUUUGGCUUGCGCAGAUGAAUCAGGUCGUUACACACUAAGCGGUAUUUAUUCCUGGGACACUGGCUGCAAGCAACAAGGGCAAAUUGGUGGUUAUGUGGCCCCUGAUGUGGAAUGGAUAGAUAACGUAUUGUCCACGCCGCUGAGACAACUCAAACAUAUCGAUAGAGAAUACAAUACUGCCAGAAUACAACAACUAGUAGCGUGAAAAACUAUUAUUUUUUAGUUAAUUUUUUUUUGUUAAUAAUUUUAUAUGAGUUUUUUCUUAGUCACCUAUGUAAAUAGAAAAUUUUGUUACCUUUAUUAUUAACAAUAAAAUUAGGUUAAGUUUUAAGUUUUUGAUGAUGAAAUUAAUUCUUUUGUUUGCGCCAAUCAGAUAUCUCAUCAGUUGUUGGACCACUUCUUGUGGUGGAGCAAAAACAUCAAGUACGGUUCAACUUUGUAAAAAAAACAUUCAAGAAAUGCCAUAUUAUUUUCGCGCAGAAUAGUAAAUCAAAUGCACUGCCCAACAAUGUAGGUAAUCCUUCUUGAACUUUGUUUUAGUUACCUAUAACUAUAAUUGGGUGAUUUUUUUAUUUAUUAUAGGUAUUUUUUUGUAUAACUUUAUCCAUUGAAAAUACCAGUCAGUAUAAUGCUCAAAAAAACCUAAAUACCUAUAUUUAUACAAAUUAUAUAAAAAUAUAUUUAUUGUACAGAUACUUAUAAAUAGGAAAUAAACUACAAAAAUUAUAACA